GGUCACGUAUCACUACCAAAAGCAGCCAGUCCAAACCAAUCCAAGUAACCUGUUCCAUAAGAUACAUGCUAGUUUACGGAGGUUUGAGUUUAGUUCGGCGUUCAACCAAAAACAAGAUUAUCUUGUAUAUACCAGGGGUGCGGUAAAAUAGUCAUGGGGAAAGAUAAGAAGACCAAACCCGACAAACAAGACGAUGAUGACGGUCUUGCAGAACAGAUGGAAGGCCUCGACAUUUCUGAAAAGGGAAAUCUUAAGAAAAAGGGCAAGGCUGGUGGAGACAAUGGUGAUGAUGGCGAUGCUCCAAAGAAGGGAAAGCAGAGAAAAGCUGCAGCAAAGGACAUUGACAUUGAUGACGAUGAAGAUGCUCGACCUGCAAAAGGCAAGAAAGGUGGCAAAGGAAAGAAAGGGCAUGACGACAAUGAUGAUGUAGAUGUCAAGCCUAAGGGAGGGAAGAAGGGCAAAAAAGGAUACGAUGAGGAUGACGAAGAGGUUGACACUAAACCUAAAGCAACAAAAAAGGGUAAAAAGGGACACGAUGAUGACGACGACGAAUUUGAUGCAAAGCCUAAGGCAGGUAAGAAAGGCAAGAAGGGACAUGAUGAUGAGGAUGAUGAAAUAGACAUUAAACCAAAAGGAGGCAAAAAAGGAAAGAAGGGGCACGAUGAAGAAGACGAUGAAAUGGAAGUUAAACCGAAAGGGGGCAAAAAAGGGAAGAAGGAGCAUGACGACGAAGAUGAUGAAGCGGAUGUUAAACCAAAAGGGGGCAAAAAGGGGAAGAAAGCACAUGACGACGACGACGAUGAAGCUGAUGUCAAGCCAAAGCCAGGAAAGAAAGGAAAGAAGGGAAAGAAAAAAGGGGACGAUUCAGAUGAAGAUGAUGACAAUGUGGCUCUUCCAGCAAGAAAGAAGGACAAGCGGAAAGGGCAGAAGCCCGAUGAAUCUCUAGAUGAAGGAUCUGAGGAUGAGCCCGUGCCGAAAGGCAAGAAAGGGGGUGGCUUUGCCCUUUUAGAUGUGGGAGGUGACGCAAGUGGCGGAAGCGAGGAAGAGCCGGAGAGUGUCAUCAAGAAGCCUUCCAAGAAGGACAAAAAGAAGAAGAAAUGGGGUGAAGGUGAUUCAGAGGAUGAGGAUCUGGGGGUAAAGAAAGGUGGCUUUGGUCUUUUGGACGUUGAGGAGGGUGAAAGUGGGGAUGCAAGCGAAGAUGAUGCUCACCUUCAGUCCAAAGUUGGGAAGAAACAGAAGACAGGAGGGAAGGGGGCUGCUGGUGGAUUUGCAUUGCUGGAGGUGGAGGAUGUUGACGAUGACAUAGCAGCUGGGGGAGCAGAAAGCGAGGAGGAGGAAAAGGUUGUCAAAGAGGAUAAAAAGAAAAAAGAGAAGAAGAAGAAGAAAAAGAAGAAAGAUGAAGAUGAAGACGAGCUGGACAAAAUGCUGGAGGAACUUGCUCUGGAAAUUGAAGGCAAGAAGCCACCUGCCCCGAAGGAAGCGCCCAAAGGAGCUACAAAAGACACCCCAAAAGAUGCUUCUGCACCACAGGAAGAGGCUGAUGGGCAGGAGGCUUCCAAGAGGAAAAAGAAGAAGGACAAGAAAGGUGCCGUCAAAGAAGAACACAUGGAGCUAGAGGGAAAUGAGGAAUCUGCACCUCCAGUAGAGUCCAAGAAGUCUAAGAAGAAAAAGGAAAAGAAAGAGGCUCCAGUCAAAGCAGAGAGUGAAGUUCCAGUAGGCGAAAGCAAGGAGACCAUGGCAGCAACAACAGAUGGAGUAGAGGCAGCACCUGUUGAAGCAGCAGAAGGAGCGUCUGAUGAGGAAGGUGAUGAUAAGAAGAAGAAAAAGAAAAAGAAGAAGAAGGAUGAGGAGGAGGACAAGAAGAAGCUCAAAAGACCAGGCAACAAGCAGAUUGCAGCAAUUCAAGAACAUUUGAAGAAACUGAAAGAAGAGGAAGAGCGGAGAAAGGAGGAGGAAGAGGCCAAGAUCAGGGCGGAAGAAGAGGCAGAACGUUUGAGGCAGGAGAAGGUGAAGCUGGAGCAGGAGCGCAAGGAGAAGAAAAAACAGAAGGAGAAGGAGAGGAGAGAAAAGGCGAAGGCUGAAGGAAGACUCCUCACUAAGGCCCAGAAAACAGCCCGGGCCCGCAUGGAGGCUACACUCAAAGCUUUCAAAGAACAAGGUAUUGAGGUUCCCCAGAUCGGUGAAAAGAGGCAGAAGGUAACGAGAACCAUGGACCGAAGAAAAAAGAAGAAGCCAGAAGAAGAGGAAAAGCAAGGGUCGCCAGAUGAGGUCCGCCAGGUGGAGGUAGAGAUCUUGGAACCCAAACAGGAUGAUGAGCCUGCUGUUGGUGACCAACACGAUGAAGUCAUGGAAGAUGCUGCAGAAGAAGAAGAAGAGGAGGAGGGUGUGAAGGAUGCCUGGGAUGCAACUUCCUCAGAGGAGGAGGAAGAUGAGGAAGGCUCCGAGAAGAAGGCUACUCCACCACCAGCUAAAGCGGCAGCCAAGGGACCAGCCAAGGGUCCAGCCAAGCCAGCACCCAAAAAGGCAGCAAAGAAGGAAGAGGCUUCAGAAUCAGAGUCUGAAUCCUCAGAAGAGUCAGAGUCUGAAAGUGAAGAAAGUGAGGAUGACAACAUUCAUAGUAGAGAGAGAGUGUUGCAGAGACUGCAGAAACAAAGAGAAGAGGCAGAGAAACAGCGGUCGGUGGACAACCUUCGGUCUCCAGUUAUCUGUGUCCUCGGACAUGUCGACACCGGAAAGACAAAAAUUCUCGACACUAUUCGACACACUCACGUACAAGACAGUGAAGCUGGUGGAAUCACGCAGCAGAUUGGUGCAACUAUGGUGCCUCUAGAUGCCAUAAAGGAACAAUGCAAGAUGACUAAAGACUUCCCUGACAUUCAGUUCAAGAUUCCUGGACUGCUCAUCAUUGACACACCUGGUCACGAGUCUUUCAGCAACCUACGUUCCCGUGGUUCGUCGCUUUGUGACAUGGCAAUUUUGGUUGUGGACCUAAUGCACGGUCUGGAACCACAAACAAUAGAAUCUCUAAAUAUGCUUCGAGCUCGCAAAACUCCAUUUGUGGUGGCCCUCAACAAAGUGGAUCGUCUUUAUGACUGGAAGGGAAACCGCAAUAAGGACAUCGUUGACGUCCUUAAAGCACAGUCACGAAAUACACGGCUGGAGUUUGAAGAGCGUACUAAAGAAGUGGUGCUCCAGUUUGCAGAGCAGGGUAUGAAUGCAGCACUGUUUCAUGAGAAUGCGGACCUAAGGACAUUCAUCUCCCUUGUACCAACUUCAGCCCUCAGUGGUGAUGGCAUGGGCAACCUCAUUAGCCUUAUUGUGAGCCUCACUCAGGACAUGAUGGCAAAACGUAUUUCUUUCUCAGAAGAAUUACAAGCCACAGUUCUUGAGGUCAAAGCGAUUCCUGGCCUGGGUACCACUAUUGAUGUGAUAUUGGUAAACGGGAGACUACGGGAAGGAGAUACGAUGGUACUGGCUGGCCACGAGGGACCAUUCACUACGCCUAUCCGAUCCCUUCUCAUGCCCCAGCCUCUGAAGGAACUACGUGUUAAAAACCCCUACCAAGAAUACAAAGAAGUAAAAGGUGCUCAGGGUGUGAAGAUAGCAGCCAAGGACUUAGACAAGGCCAUAGCUGGGCUUCAGGUUUGGGUCGCUAAGCAACCGGAUGAGGUGGAUAUUCUGAAGGAGGAAGUAGCCAAAGCACUGAAGGAGGUCAUGAGUGGAUUCAAAUUAGCUGAGCGUGGCGUCUAUGUUCAGGCGUCAACCCUGGGUUCCCUUGAAGCUCUCCUGGAGUUUCUCAGAGUGUCCAAAAUUCCUUACUCUGGCAUAAGGAUAGGCCCAGUAGUGAAAAAGGAUGUCAUGAAAGCGUCUAUCAUGCUUGAACACGACAACCAGUAUGCUGUGAUUCUAGCAUUUGAUGUGAAGGUGGAGCGAGAUGCCCAAGAACUUGCAGACUCGUUAGGUGUAAAGAUUUUUCAGGCGGACAUUAUAUAUCACUUAUUUGAUAAGUUCACGGCAUAUCGUGAUGAACUGAAACAGCGCAAGCGGGAAGAAUUCAAGUCAGUGGCAGUGUUUCCGUGCCGUCUGCGUAUCCUACCCCAGUUCGUGUUCAACUCAAGAGAUCCCAUUGUGGUUGGUGUUUCUGUUGAAGCCGGGAUUGUGAGAGAAGGCACACCACUCUGUGUGCCAUCUAAAGAGUUUCUGGAAAUAGGUACUGUCACAACGAUAGAAAUAAACCACAAGCAGAUAGAGAGUGCAAGAAAAGGACAGGAAGUGUGCAUCAAAAUUGAGUCCUCCUCUGGUGAUGCUCCUAAAAUGUAUGGCCGACACUUUGACCACACAGAUUUUCUUGUUAGUAAGAUAACGAGGCAGUCUAUAGACGCCUGCAAGGACUAUUUCCGGGACGAUCUCGUCAAGACUGACUGGCAGCUCAUGGUGGAACUGAAGAAACUCUUCCAAAUACUAUGACGUUCCGUUGUGCUUCCACGUCUCGCUUCCUCACCGUGCAUCCCAGCACUUGUGCUGUGCAGGGUGUAACUUCUCACAACCACCCCCAUCCCUUUGUAUCGAUUAAAUGGGAUGGUGGAUCCUGUCUCUGUACAUUACCUGAAAGGAAUUUUUGAAAGGAGACACAUGGUCUCUCUUUCAAUGCAAUGGACUGUUCCAUGAACAAGGGUGACACAGUGCUUGCACGUGUUGGUACUCCGAGUAGGCAAAUAUAUUCUAUUCAGUAAGAGUCGUUUUUUGAUUAUUUUUUAGUCAUUGCUUUGUGCCGGCUGUUUCAAGCAUGCUUUUUAGCCGAUAUUUUGCUUCUUCUACUUUUGUUUUGCUCUAUGUACAAAGUGCACACUUUAGCGUUGUGGCAAAUGUUGCGCCGAAUACAGAUGAAUGGGACAGAAGUCUUCUGUUGGACUUUAUGGGCCACUGUAUCAUGACAAAUGUGUUCUUUGCCCUGAUGUUUAAUCCUAUUUAUCGCUAUAUACUUUUUCUCAUUAGGAAAAUAAAAGAGUGCACUUAAUCAUGGACUUUUCACCCCUGUACCGUGUCUGGAAAAUGAAAAUGGUAGGAUAAAAUCCACUCCUGUUAGAUAUGAUUGUCAUAUCUGUUUUGUUUCUUGUCAUUUAUUUCAAUGCAAAGUUGCACACACACACAGGAAAAGGAAUCCCUUUCCCUGAAUUGCACAUGGGUGAGGUUUGUUUGUGUGAAUUGUGAUUUACUAGAAUAUAAGUUUGUGGUGUAAGAAUCAAGAUGGCGGCUGUACUGAACAUACAGGACCACAGCUGUUCAUUGAAAGUACCUGCAUAAAACAGAUUGAAGGAACUGUAAAGGAUUCUGUAAAAUUUCCAGCUUUUUUCCAGUUGUAGGACAUACAUCAGUACAAUCUCCUCUCAGCUCACGGCCAGUGCAGUUGCUGCUGAAUAUAGUGCUGAGUGGCUGCCUGAUAUGCCCAUGUGGGCAUCAGUGGCAUUACGUGCAGUUAGCCCUGUGAUGAACCACUGCAGUGUAUCUUUCACAAUGCUUACCAGCACAGCUAAAUUGCUGCCAUUUUUACUUUUUAAAUAUCCUUCAUUUAAACUUCAAUCUGGCUCUUAGUUCACAUCACAAGCACUUUAGCACCUCAGGUAGCAUUCUGUCAUUCGUGAUACGUACUUUCCAAAAUAUGUUCGUAGUGACUGUAAUUUGGUUCCUGUACGACUUGCAUGGAAUAUGCUAAAUCUUGUACAAUAAAAUCCUAAGAUAAACUAAUUUUGGCAAUGGCAUUUGUUUUACCAUAGUGCCGGCCUAAGUGCAACAUUUCAAACUACUGCAGUUUUGGAUGUCAUGUAUUCAUACUCAGAUAUUGAAUCUGUCUUAUUCAACAUUAGGCCGACUGCACAGGGCUAAUUGGCUAUGACUGCAUGAAUACCUUCUCUAUCUUUUGAGUGUCUGGUAUUUAAUGGCCGAGUCUGCUCUAUAGGAUGUUAAUAUUGACUUUAGGUAAGAGGUGUCUCAUGUUUACCCCCACAAAGGGGGAAAAAAGAAAAUCCACAUCACAGAAGUAUGGGUGUCCAAUUCAGAAAUGGAAGGACAUAUUUUCAAGCUGUGUUGACCUGAUGUAUGUUUCGUAUUUAUAGCCCUGAGUCCUUUCCUUUUUGGACCUUUUCAGAAACAUGGUUUUGUGGCAACUGUGUUUUAUGAUGUGAGACAACUAUUGUGGAUGUGAAGAGUGCCAAGGUUAUUCAAAACUAGUGCAGGUGCAAGGUGGGCGGUGCAAGAGACAGAGUUGGGUCAGUUUUUUGCCCCUAUGCUUCUUACGACAUAUUUUGAGGUUGGGAGAUUUCUUCAAUAAUGUUUGAAGUGGAAGUUUCACAAUAAAAGUUUAUCUUUUGA